CCUGGUGGAACAGGUGUGAGGGCCACAGCUCAGACUAAAACUAAACCAGGUCUGAAACAGGUCUAAACCAGGUCUGUUCCAGAACUAAACCAGGACUAUCCCAGGAUGAGUCUUCGUCUCCGGACCAGAGGGCGGCUCUUGGACCUUCACUGUUCUGUGGCUCUGACCGAGUGGGACCUGGACCAAGAGCUGCGUCUGCAGAGGACCACGGACCAGGAUGAUCGAGCGCCAGAGUCUCUCCAGAGACCAACGCCGCCGCCGCCACGAACCACACACCGCCAAGACGACUUCACCCGCUACGACAAGACCUCAGACUCGUUUGUGAAACCGAACCUGUGGCUCAUGGUGAACCCGAACAUCGUGUGUCCGCUUCACUACCUGCCCCAAGCCCCUCCCCCUCCACCACAGACCACGCCCCCUCCGCCACAGACCCCGCCCCCACUCUCUCACAAUGCACCGCUACAGGAGGAAACCGUCCGCAGCUCGUCGACCAAUCAGCACACGAUCCGCUCGGUGGCGCCGUCUGUUGGACCAGGGAAGAGUCGCCGCAAACCUCGAACCAACAACAAACAGUCCGACAGGUGCGCUCCUGUCUGUGGCCCCUGGCCCCGCCCCCCAGUAAAUUACUGCGUCUUGAUUGGUCUGGCUCUGAAAUACAACGGCAGCCUCAGAGUCCAACAGAUCUACAACUUCACCAGGGAGUUGUUUCCGUUCUUUCAGACGGCUCCAGACGGCUGGAAAAACACGAUCCGUCACAAUCUUUGCUUCAACCACAGCUUCAAGAAAACCUUCACCCAGAGCAGGGCCGACAGGAGCGACAGGAGCGACAGGGAGCAGCAGGGCCGACAGGUGGGUGAGGGGAGGAGGAAGUCAUGCUGUUGGCUCCUGACGUCAGACGGACACCGACGCCUCCGAGACGAGCUGCUAACGCUAACGCCCGACACGCUAAAGCAGCUGACGCACGCUAACACGCUAACACGCAGGUGA